AUGAAAGAAGUACGUAUCAACGGCAACAAGAAAACUGUGCGAGGUCUAGUAGAUACUGGUAGUGCUUUUACUAUUAUAACGAAGAGUAUUGCAAAAUCCUACGGUCUGCGGGUGCAACCUAAAACAGUAAACAUGUACGUCUACGGAAAUGCUCAGUCAAUAGCAAGUUGUGGCGAAACACAAGCGACCAUACAUGUUGAUGAAGUGAGUGAACACAUCACAUUGGUGGUAGUUGACGACCAAGUUCAACAAUAUGACAUGAUAAUUGGACGUUCUUUUACAGACUGCGAAAAUGUCACAUUUAUCAAAACAACAGAUCAAUUACAGUUUGCCUAUGGUAUGAUGAUGCCAUAUCAGGAGGGCGGCAUCCCAUAUGACUCUGCUGGAAAACAAACAGUGCGAGUAGUCUGCGAAAACGAAAAUAUACCAGCUAACAGUAUGAAAAUAAUAAAGUUAAACACUGGUGGUGACCAUGAUGUAGAGAUAAUGCUCAUCAACGACGAAGACACUGAGAUAAGACUGAAUAAGGAUCAAUCAGUAGGAGUUAUCGGGGGAGGUCAGAAGUCUAUUGAAAACAACCAAGAUAUGAUGUCACCCAUAACUGCGGAGAUGGUGAAGUAUGGUUCGACAUUUUCCAAGGAUAAAGUAGUCAGAUUAGUGCAGUUGUUAAACCAAUACCGUGAGUGUUUCGCAUUUAAUUUAAAUGAACUCGGGUGUACCGAUGUCCAUGCUAUGGAUAUUGUGGACGAUGGAAAACCAGUAACGAGCAAAACAUAUCGAGCCAGCGCAUCAGAACGGGAAACAAUCAGUCGCAUAGUACAAGAGUGGAAGGAAGCAGGCAUUGUCACCGAAACAAAAUCAUCUUAUGCAUCACCUGUACUGUAUUUUUAA